AUGGCUGCGCAGCAGGCUCCGAACAUGCAGGGCAUGAGUUUCAACGCCGCGCCACCACCCCAGUUCGCCGCGCCACCACCCCAGUACGCCGCCCCAGUGCCAGCCCCAGCGCCGAGCAAUCAGGCAUGUUGCUGCGACAAUAACAAGCGGUCCGCGCUGUACACGUGGCUCCCUUUCGGCCUCCGCAUCGGCAUCUUCCUCUUCUGCCUUGUCUCUUUCAGUCUGUGCUUCGCCACCAAGCAGGCGAUGACGGGGUACGCGGCGGGGGCGUUUCUGGUGGGCGUCACCAUUUUGGGGUUCAUCUUGGCGCUCAUGCUCUUCAUCUACAACGCCGUGCGCAUGUGCGUCGCGGGCUCCGCGGCGUACGAUGCCGUCAUGGACCUUGUGCAGUUCUUCGAGACCUACGUGAGUCCCUCCACCCUCGCCAGCUACAUCGUGGAUGAUGCGAAUGCGGAUCUGAGCAAGGUGCGUGGCGCAUGUGCUAUGGCGUAUCUCGCGGCCUUCAUCUACAUCGCCAUGUUCUGGUACUACACCAUCCGCACCUACAAGCGCGGCAUGCUCAAGGCCAUUGCUGACGCUACUGUGCUGCAGGCAGGCAAGGCCAACGUGCCUCCUUACAACGUGUGA